AUGGCCACUCCUCAGGGCAGUUUCUCGGCGUAUGGCGCAUUUGAAGAAACUAGGCAUGGGUAUGACGCGGUCGGUCGAUCUACCAGAGCUCUGGGCUUUUGGGAAGAAGCAUACCAACACCAAGCUCGGCUGGUUCUGGCUUACAUCGUAGAGGCCUUUGCCAAGAUUGGAUGCGAUUUACGGAAUCUGCAAGCCGGUGAAGCUGUACCUCAAGUCAAGGGGCUUGACAAGUACAGCAAACUCAUAGCUCGACUCUAUGAGAUACUUGAAGACGGAGGCUUGAUAUUGCGCACAGAUGGAGGAUACAUUCGAACUGAAACCUCUAUCGAUCCUACCGACGCCGAAACGAUAUAUCUUCAGAUUGUCAAGCUUCAUCCUCAGCAUGCCGUUGUGAAUAAACUGAUCAGGAUUAUCGGAUCACAACUGGCAGCUUGCUUAACCGGUGAUGCCAACGGGCUGGAGAUUCUCUUCACCAAAAGGGAAAACAAGAAGCUACUCGACGAGAUGUACGAGUUUUGGCCUCUGCUUCGAGCGCCAACUCUUCUCCUUGGUAACUUUUUGGUCAAAGCAUUCUCUGAUGCACCAGGCAAAGGCAAAUUCCGUAUCCUUGAAGUGGGUGCGGGAACUGGAGGCACGACUCGACACCUCAUCGACCGCCUUCAGAAGCAAGGCAUUCAGUUUGAAUACGUCUUUACCGAUGUUUCACUUGCCCUCGUCGCCGCAGCCAAGCGCCAAUUCAAGAAUGUCAAAGGCAUGUCGUUUGAAGUUCUCGACAUUGAGAAGCCCCCCAAGCCAGAGUACGAAGGAGCAUUUCACUGUGUCGUUUCCACCAACUGCAUACACGCAACGAAGAACCUCGACAUCACCCUCCUUAAUCUCCGCAGAAUGAUUCGUAAAGAUGGUGCGUUGGCAUUGGUCGAGAUGACGCAGCGUUUACCUUGGCUGGACAUGGUCUUUGGCCUCUUUGAGGGUUGGUGGCUGUUUGAAGACGGUCGUACACAUGCUCUUAUGAACGAAAAGCAGUGGGAAGAUCGGAUGAAGCGAGUGGGGUUUGCAGAGGUUCUUUGGACAGAAGGUGAUGCGCCAGAAUCCAAGACUGUGCGCACGAUCGGAGCGUUUCUCACAAGCCCAAGUAGUGAAAAUGUCUGA